AUGUUCUCUAUGUUGCGGCGUAUGAAACUCGACCCCUCGACAUAUACUUACCGUACGUACAUUGUCAGCUCGGGCGACGAUUUCAGCGCUGCGAGGGCUGUGGAGUUUGAGACAGAAUGGCUGAAGCAAAGUCCAAAGCUAUCAUUACCUGCCAAUGGCAGCAACACCGCAGAGUCCUACGCAAUCGUCACGGUUCCUCGCGCUCGCCGUGUGCACCAGUCUUACCUGACUGCUCCUCUUUCGACCCUUCAAUGUUUCUAUGCUUGCCUCCUUGUACUCCGCGGCCGUCAUCCCGAGCAAAAGUCGCCGCUUCCGAGAACUAACUCGCCAUACCCGGACGUCAUCCUUACCAACGGUCCGGCUACUGCAGUCUGUAUGGUUUUGGCUGCCAAACUUUUGCGACUGUCUCACUAUCUGGGGUCUCUUUUCAAUAUCAAGAACCGCCAAGACAGGGAUAGCUCGAGAUCAUCCCAUGCGAAGAGAUCAGAGGACGCGCCAGCGCCAGUUUACUUCCAGCUGCGUACCAUUUACGUAGAGUCAUGGGCACGGGUCACAACAUUUAGUCUAAGCGGAAGGCUACUGUUACCUUUUGCUGAUCGAUUUCUUGUGCAAUGGCCUGAUCUGGCAGGAAAACAGGCCUGGAGGGGCAUGAGGAAAACCGAAUAUGCCGGCACGCUGGUAGACUAA